AGGCAGGCAGGAGAAGUAGCUGGCCAAUCCAUUCGAGCUACUCAAUCGGAACAGAGCAGACAGGUUCAGACAAAAUUUAAGCAUAGGACACAUCCCAGUUUUAGGGAUACGCUAACAGUUAGUAUAGGAAAAUGGCAAAUGCCACCAAUAAGUUGAUGUCCACCGUCGGUGCAGCAGCAGGAAACGCUCGGGCACAACCGCAGACACAUCCAAAUCCGGCAGCUUUAGCCACACGCUCGCAAAAAUUGAAGUUCAUCGGGUGCUGCCAUCUGACCGACAAGCAAAUGGAGCAGCACUACAAGCUCCAUUACAUUUCGGACGGGGAGCUGGCCUCAGUGGGCAUGCAGCGCAGCUCGGUGAUCGACGACUAUCGCCUCAUGCACGAGAUCUCGCAGAUGCACCAGCAGGAUCUGAGGCGAGAGAGGGCACAGAAACUCAGUGCCCUGCCAGAGGAUCGUGCCGAGCGUAUUAAGGAGCUGCAGUUUCGCUUGGGAAUGCGCCCGCACAAGGCAUACAAGUUCCAGCUGCUCAACCAGCUGGUGAGGGUGAUGGACACCGAGCCCGACCCGAAAGUCAUCUUUCCGGAGAAGCAGUUUACUUUUUUUGCCAUCUACUCUGCAACCGAGGAUCGCCGGCUGGCGCCAAAGGAGCGCGAGCGCCACCGGUUCGAUGCCUUCUAUGAUUAUUUGGACGACAUGUUCGUCAACGGUGAUCGCAACAAGGCCAUCGACGUGGUGGUGGACGCCUUCGUCCGUUUGAAGAAGCGACGCAUGCAGAUUAGCCGAGUGCCCAUACCCCGUGGCUAUAUGUCGCCGCGCGGCUACGAUCUCAUUCAAUCAAAUGGGAUUGAAAGGAGUACAGCCUAGGGAUGAAGACGUCUCCACCUCCUGCUCCUCAUCAAAAUCUUGACCGAUGGUGUUUUCUCUUUUUUUUUUCUUUGUUAAUUUUAUUUCGAUUCUCCACAGAAAUACACUUCGAUCCUCAUCAGUAUAUUAUAGUUUAAACAAAUUUUAAAUUAAAUUUCGAUCUCCCAUUGAAAUAAGUUUCUCAGUUGCUGCUGCUUGCUUCAUAAUCGGUAAUCGGUAAUCGGUAAUCGGUAAUUGAUAAUCGGUAAUCGGACCUUGUUUUUCGCUCUAACUCUAAUUCCUCUUCUUUUCCAUUUCGCAUGUACAAAUAUUGGUAUGUAUAAGUUAUGUAUAGAGGAAGGGGAUGUGGGGGGAGACAUGUUGGAGGUAAUUGGGAUUCUAUGAUUUAGUAGUAGGCUCCAUCGUUCAGUAGUAGUAGUAGUAGUAGUCGAGUACAUAUAUAUAUGUAGGUGUAUAUAGAAGUAUGUAUACAUUUAUAUAAAUUUAGGCCGGCAUUCAUACACACGCUUAUAAAGAUCUCGAAUCAUUCACACUCCCAUAGAAUUCGAAUUUUUUGCUUUAGCUAUCCAAUAGACUUAGUCGUAAAUAUGUAUGUAUAUAUCUAGAUAUAUAUACUAUGAAUAUAGUUCCCUUUUGCGCUCUCUUAAACCACUUUCCACUCCCGAUUAUUAUUAUUGUAUUCCAAACUCAACAAGUGCACUAAAGACUCUCGGAAAAAAAUGAUAAGAACUGUACGAAAGUCGAUAAUCGAUCGAUAAUCCGAUUGUUUCGAUAACCCAUUAACGCGACAUCCGAUAAAUUGAUCAAUACGCUAGCUACGCAAAAUGAAAGGCGGAACUGAAACAAUUCUAGUUUUGGUCUGUUGGCCAAACUCCAAGCUCGAGGCGAAUAUUAUCCAACUAUACUAUAUAUAUGUAUGCAUUAGCGCGGUCAAUAAACGAAAUAAACACUUAUGCCAACUGAUUCCUGAUACUUUUUUUGCCCUCUGGAUUUUCCUUUGUAAUUUUAGCAUUUUUUUUUUUUGUUUUUUUUAGUCACAUAUUUUACUAUUUAUAUACACAUACACGCACACACAACUACAAUAUAUAUAUUUUACAUAAAUACACACACAUAAGAAACUUUUUUUUUUGUUUUUUUCUUUUGUUUUUUUGUAAGUAAUUUAUAAUAUUUCAUAGUUACGAUUACGAAUUACUGGCCUAGCUUUAUUUUAUAUUGUAUUGUUUAAUUUCAAUUUCAAUUCAACAUUUCUGGGCUUUGCUAGUUCUCAACUUGUCUCUAAAAAUUGUUGCAGUGUACAUUGGCUUAGUUUGACUUAGUGACUUGUAUGUAUAUAUAUAUAUAUAUAUCCCCUCGUUCCUCCUUCAUAUGAAUCAUAUUUCAUCCUACAGCAAGUCGGUUUAUUUUGAUUCUGUUUCGCUUCCUCCUCGAGGGAUCGCUCCUCCUUUGACAUGGUUUAGAGGAGCGGGACAAUACAACAGCAAAAGGAGGAAGAAGGAGGGUCAUGGCUGCGGGCUUACUUAAUGAUUUAGUUAAUGUUUUGUAGUUUGUUUUUCCCUAUUUAAUAUUUUAUAUACGUUUAUUUUCAAAAUGUACAGCACAAUAUGGAUUUUUGUAUUAUCAUUAGCUCUGUGUUUAUUAUUCCGUCUUACAACUAGGGGGAGUAGUGGGGGGCUUUAAUUCCAAAAAGCGAGGCAGGACCAUGCUAACUCUUUCUCGCUCUUCUCUAAAUAAUUUCAUUUUCUUUUUCGGCUUCACAUCCUUCAUCGGGUCCUCGUCCUUAACGUCUCUUGUAUUAUCAAAAAAAAAAGUUACGUUUAGAUAUAUAUAUAUAUAUAUAUACGUAUAUAUAUGCAUAUAUAUAUAUAUGGUAUAUAUUCUAGAUAUAGCAAUUUAGUUGCGCUUUUUAUAUGCUACGAGUUCACUUAAAGAUUAUUUUGUUUCGCUUCUCUCUGACUCCUAAUCCAUUUAAUUUUCCCUUCUCUAUUUCUCUGCUAAACGGCGGCAUUUUCGUAAGUGCAUUUAAUAGUUAUAUCUCUUUUGUUUUAUAUAUAUAUA